AUGUUAGGAGAGCUGCAGUGUGGCGGCCUCCUCGCGCGCCGGACCCGACGGCUAGCCCGACAGAGAGGGAGGCAGAGAGGCCGCGCGCAGCAGCAGCAGCAGCAGCAGCAGCAUGAGAAGGACCCGGCCAUGUGUACCGGACGGAGUUGCGACGGCCUCGGACGGUGA